CCGUUCAGUCCGUUUUCAAUUGUCUUGCAAUAUGCACUGAUCACUCGUUUUUUUUAAGUCGAUUGUUGACAAUGUCAGUGAGUGCUUGAUUCUAAAACAGAGCAAGGUACUUGGACAAGAUGGAGGCAGAAAAAAAACAGAACCUGCCGAUGGAGAACUUCAGCUCUACGGCAGAGCUUACGAGCAAUUUGGGCUUCCAGUCGUCAUUAAGCUUAGCACCAAAAGCUACCAGCGAUGAAAAAGCUUACAAUCCAUUUGAACACAGGAACCUGGCGCAUCCAAAUUCGACCAUUGGCUCGAUCCUGCAUCUCCUGAAAGCAUGUCUUGGCUCAGGGAUCCUGGCCAUGCCGGCGGCGUUCAAGAAUGCCGGUCUCAUCGCGGGAACCAUUGGCACCCUCCUCGCUGGUGUUAUAUGCACACACACUGUCCAUAUUCUGGUUAAAACCUCGCAACAAGUAUGCGUGGAUGCCAAGAAGCCGUCAAUGAGUUUCGCAGACACUUGCGGGGCAGCCUUCACUUAUGGGCCCAAACGGGUCCAAGGAUGGGGAAAUGCUGUCAAAAAUAUAGUCGAUUGUUCAAUGACACUGGCAUACGUCGGGGUACUGUGUGUCUACGUCGUAUUCAUCGGAUCUUCUUUCAAGGAGGUCCUAGACGUAUUCUACCCAGAACUCGGCCUGUCCAUCCAAGUGUACUGUGCUCUGACCCUCAUCCCACUAGUCCUGAUCUGCCAGAUUCGGAACCUCAAGCAUCUGGUGCCGUUCUCGGCUCUAGCCAACUUCUUGAUCCUGGUGGUCUUCACGAUCACAUUGUACUAUGUGUUUACUGAUCUACCACCGGUCACGGAUAGAGAAAUGGUGGCCAGCAUUACACAGUGGCCUUUGUUCUUGAGCACCGUGGUCUUCGCGAUGGAAGGCAUCGGCGUGGUCAUGCCAGUUGAGAACGAGAUGGCUAACCCUCGCCGGUUCCUAGGCUGUCCUGGAGUACUCAACGUGGCCAUGGUCAUCGUCAUCGUGCUCUAUGGAGUAGUCGGCUUCUUUGGCUAUGUCCAGUACGGAGACGCGGUUAAAGGCAGCAUCACUUUGAACCUGCCGGAGGAUGCUAUCGUCGCUCAAAGUGCGAAGCUUCUGAUGGGUAUCGUGAUAUACCUGUCAUACGCUCUACAGUUCUACGUACCCAUGGAAAUGGUUACCAGGCUGCUGGGAACCAGAGGGGAGAACUACCAGAAUGUCAUCCAGAUUAGCAUCAGGACUGGGAUGGUCGCUUUUUCUGUUGCCAUAGGAGCUGCAUUCCCGAGCUUAGAGCUGGUCAUCAGCUUCGUUGGAGCGGUGUUCUUCUCGACACUCGGUCUUCUAAUACCAGCGGUCGUGGACACGGUCUACAACUGGGACAGGGAUCUGGGCUUCAUGAAGUACGUUCUCUGGAAGAACAUCCUCAUCAGCAUCAUCUCCCUUGUAUGUUUAGUCUCCGGGGCUUAUACCUCCAUCCAGGGAAUGUUCGAGGAGUUCGGUGGCGGCCAUCAUGAGACCUUCGAUAAUGCUACUCUGACAUGAUGUUCCUAGUCCAACAAUUUGAGAGUUGUUCCAUUUGGAUCCCUACUGAUUUCCUGAGGGAUUAGUUGUAUUUUUAUAUUUACUAUUCCCGUAGAUCAGAAGUAGAGUAGAUUAAGUAGUUAUGUGUAAAAUGUUAAAAUGAAUAUUGUUCUCUAGCUAGGCUGUACUUGCCAUUAAAAAAAGCGAUCAAACUGUAGUAGUAAAGUAUUAAGUGGAUCAUAUUAUUAUAGGUGUACUAGCUUUUCGCCCGCGUGGAAUUUUUCGGUUUUUUAUAUAACCUGUGACACUCAGCAAUAAUGUGGCCUUCUAUUGGUG